AUGGGUGGCCACGUGGAUCCUAAGAACGGAGUUUUCAUGGGUAACUGGGGUGGUUUCGGUUGCCCUACCCCCCAGCGCAUCGCAUCCUACUCUCUGUCUCCCAACCGUCAGCGCCCCUUGGCUGGUACCGCCCACGCUGCUUUCUUCAACACCUUCCGGAGAUUCAGACACCAGAUUCUCUACGUCGCCCCUCCUUUCAUCAUCGCCUACGCCGCCAUGGACUGGGCUGUUGAGAAGAACCACUACCUCAACUCCAAGCCUGGCCGCCUUGCUGAGGGUGGUGACGAGUAAAUGGUUAUAUAACUUGGUGCUAUGAUUUCAAACUGGAGGAUAAAGGAGUGGGAUUGCAAUGUACAGUAACUAGAAGCAAUCGAAUGCGCUGUGUGUUCUAUUGUCAGACCUUGGCCUCUUGGGUUUUAUUACGCUACGAUGCGUAUGACUUUUGCGACUGUAAUCCGGUGUGGACCUGCUCCUCGUGCCUCAGAUCAGA